GGCGCUCAAGCAACUACGCAACUUCCGCUAUCAUCAUCAGCCAGCGACGUCUUUCCAGGCCGCGAGUGGUUCAACUGUAGCCUCCUGGUCCGAAAAAGAAAUGGCUCCAUCACCCACAAAGCGGAAGGAGGAUGAGAAAACUAAAGAUAGAGGUAAAGAGAAGACUGGUACCAAGGAUGGAGACAAAGAGAGGGGGAGGGAGAAAGUGAGGAAGCGCCGUAGUGCUUCGUCUGGUAGCAGCAGCAGCAGCAGAUCGAGCUCAACGUCCAGCAGCAGCUCGGGUUCCAGCUCGGGUUCCUCAAGUGGCUCCAGCUCUUCUGGCUCCAGCCGCACCGGAUCCUCAAGCUCUCGUUCAUCCUCCUCCUCCAGCUCCUCAGGCUCCCCGAGCCCUAGUCGCAGGCGCCAUGACAACCGUCGCCGCUCCCGCUCACCCUCUAAAACACAGAAGAGGGGAGAUGAUAAAGACCGAAGGAAGCGAAGCCCCACCCCAAAACCAACCAAGGUUCACUUAGGAAGGCUGACCAGGAAUGUGACCAAGGACCACAUCCAGGAAAUCUUUUCUACUUAUGGGAAAAUAAAGAUGAUAGACAUGCCUGCAGAUAGGCUCCACCUACACCUGCCCAAAGGCUACGCCUAUGUGGAGUUUGAGACUGCCGAGGAGGCUGCCAAGGCCCUCAAACACAUGGACGGAGGUCAGAUUGACGGACAGGAAAUCAGUGCAGCUGCUGUGCUGACUCAGCGGGUUCGUCUUCCACCUCGCAGGCUGUCUCCUCCUCCUCGGCGAAUGCCCCCACCACCACCAAUGUGGCGUCGCAGCCCCCCACGCAUGAGGAGAAGGUCUCGCUCCCCGAGAAGGCGGUCCCCCGUACGCCGCCGCUCUCGCUCCAGAUCCCCUGGUCGCAGGCGCCACCGCUCUCGCUCCAGCUCCAACUCCUCCAGAUAAAUAGUUGUUUUACCUUCAGAGAUCACAUGGCUUCAUAGAUUCUGACACCAGAUCAGCUGUAACUCUUACCUUCUUGAUGACUUCAACAGGAUUUAAAUCAUCAGGGUUUUUUUUUUGUUGCCAUCUGUAUACAUGGUAAGAGCGAAGAUGCUUUUGUCAUAUUUUGGGCUAAGAUUACUCUGAAAAGUUGGCUCUCUCUUUUUUUUUUUUAUGUUGUCUCCACAGACAUCUACCAAUGUUUUGUUUGAAAUGUGACGUAUUUUUACCUUGUAUUGAAUUUGUAGACUUGAAAAAUAAAAGUACAGAACUGUCAACAUCCUGAA